CAGAGUAUGCCAUCUGCACCUUUUCACAGAAUCCUACGACCCCUUCUGCUCGGCACGUUCAUACUGGGAUGCUUUGUCACUCUGUUUUUGAUGUAUUUUAAACCGUCCACCAGCUGGCUGUCAGGUCCCGUCGAGUCAACAGCAUCCACGGACCACGUUAAGAGCCUCUUCUCCACCAAGAGCGACAAAAACGUGACCACCGUAUUGAUAUGGCUCUGGCCCUUCGGACAGACCUAUGACCUGAGCGUCUGCAGCUCUCUCUUCAACAUCGAGGGCUGUUUCAUCACGGCCGACAGAAACUUCUACAACAAGUCAGAUGGCGUCAUCAUCCAUCACCGGGACAUCUGCACCGACCUCUCCAACCUGCCGCCGUUCCAGCGACCGUCCUUCCAGAAGUGGGUGUGGAUGAACCUGGAGUCGCCGUCACACUCGUCCCAGCUGCCCGGGAUCGAGAACCUCUUCAAUCUGACUCUCAAUUACCGUCAGGAUGCUGACAUUGAAGUGCCUUAUGGGUCCAUCGUAGCAGCGGAGGGCGAGGAGGACUUUGUGCCACCCAGCAAAAACAAGCUGAUCUGCUGGAUUGUGAGCAACUGGAACCAGGACCACGUGCGGGUGAAGUACUACAACGAGCUGUACAAACACAUCGAGGUUCACGCCUACGGACAAGCCUUCGGGGAAUACAUCGCCGACCAGGACUACUUCCCCACCAUGGCCAGCUGUAAGUUCUACCUGUCUUUUGAGAACUCCAUCCACAAGGACUACAUCACAGAGAAACUGUACAACCCGCUCUCGGUGGGAACAGUGCCGGUGGUUCUCGGCCCGCCCCGGACGAACUACGAGAACUUUAUCCAGGGAGAUGCCUUCAUCCACGUGGAUGACUUCCCCUCACCCAAGGAGCUGGCGGACUACCUGCUGCUCCUGGACAAAAAUGAAGAAAUGUACGUCAGGUACUUUGAGUGGCGGCGGCACUUUAAAGUAAAGAAGGCCUAUUUCUGGGCAGAGCACACAUGCCUGGCUUGUGAUUACCUGCGCAGGCACAAGGAGUACAAGGCAUUCAAUAACCUCGACAAGUGGUACUGGGGUGGAUAG